AAAGGAAAAUCAUUCCUCGAAAGGAAGCGGCUGAUAUGAGGAGAUGUUAGCCGGACUUGUGGGGACAGCGGGCAGGCUGACACUGGUCAUUCUUCGCGCACACUGCCCGCGCACAACUGCGUCAGCCACGAUCGAGUGCACUAGAUGUGCCCACAGAAUCGACCGCUCCAAAGUGCCGGUCUUGAAGGAAGAAGACGUCGUCGAGCAGUUCGUCCACGGCAGUGGUCCAGGGGGGCAGGCAGUCAACAAACUGUCCAACUGCGUGAUGCUCUGCCACACUCCUACAGGCAUUGUGGUCCGGUGCCAUGAAAGCCGUCUGCUUCACGAGAACCGGAAGAUGGCGAGGAAGAUGCUUUUGGAAAAACUGGACGAUCACCUCAACGGAGACAUGAGCGUCUCGGCGCAGAAGCUGCGAAUAAAGAUGGACAAACGGCGAAAACUUGACCGGAAGAACGAAAAAUUGCGUGAAAUGAAAAGGCAAUUUCUGGAGAGGCAAAAACAUAGUGAGGACUCUGACACUGAGCAGCUGUAGCUUCUAUUAGUCUAGUUAGCUGUGUGUUUUUCGUGACUAGGAGCCACUGCUAGCAGUGAAUGCCUACUUCUGUAAUAAAAUUAUUCUUAUUUA